AGCCCAAGCCCAAGCCCAAGAAACCCAGAGAAGCUUUAGCAGCUGCGUUCGAGCCGCGCAGAUGGCGCUGUAUCAGCCGCCGGUCGCCGAGUCGCAGUCCGGUGCGGCUGCGCCGCCGGAGAAGCUCAUCUUCGCCCCGGCCGGCAGCCAAGCCCACGGACAGGCCGCGCAGUUCACGCGCGGGACGCUCUCGCGGCGCGACCUCGUGUCGGCGGCGUCCCCCGCGCCGCAGUUCCACGCGUGGUUCACCGAGGCGCAGGCCACGCCCGCCAUCGCCCAGCCCGAGGCGUGCGCGCUCUCCACGGCGGAGCUCCCCUCGGGCCGCGUCUCGUCGCGCCUCGUCUACCUCAAGGAGCUCGACGCGGGGGGCGGCUUCGUCGUCUACUCCAACCUCGAGACGUCGCGCAAGGCCCGCGACCUCGCCACCAACCCGCACGCCGCCCUCGUCUGGUACUGGCCCGCCCUCCAGCGCCAGGUCCGCGUCGAGGGCCGCGCCGAGAGGUACCCCCGGGACCAGUCGCAGGCCUACUUCGACACGCGCGUCCGCGGGAGCCGCAUCGGCGCCUGGGCCUCGCGCCAGAGCCAGGUCCUCGUCCCCAAGGCCGGCGGCGACGGCGGCGGCGACGGCGCUCGAGUCGGCGAUGUCGACAACGACGGCCACGGCGAUGAUGAUGGCCGCGCCCAGCUCGAGGAAUGGGUCGCCGAGGCGGAGCGCCGCUUCGAGGGCCGCGACGACAUCCCCGUCCCCGACUUUUGGGGCGGCCUGCGCAUCGUCCCCGACCGCGUCGAGUUCUGGCAGGGCAGGGAGAGCAGGCUGCAUGACCGCUUCGUCUACGAGCUCCAGGACGGCGGCGAGCCCGGUGAGGAAGCCAAGUGGACCGUCGCCAGGCUCAGCCCGUGAUGCUCCCCUUGCCGGGCCAGGGAAAACAGCUCAAGGGACAAUGGGUGAGCGACCAUACCAGCCAGCGACACGUUAUUAGACACAAGAUGCCAUGGAACCAUCCUUCUCCAAAGCCCAUACAUAGAUGCAUAUUGGAU